ACCGCUCCCGGCUUCGCUGCGCGGCGCUGCCCGUCCCCUCCGCGGGAUGUAGCCCGGCCGGGAGCUGCCACCGAGGCACCGCGGCCCCGUCCCGUGUGUGUCCCGUCCCCGUCCCUCCAUGCCCCCGCAGUGAGGCCGGGAGGCGGCGGGCGAGCCGGCGCUGCGCGCUUUGCCGGGGCUGACGGCUCUGCCGGCCACCAUGGGGAAAUCCAACAGCAAGUUGAAGCCUGAAGUUGUGGAGGAGCUGACCAGGAAAACGUACUUUACGGAGAAGGAGGUGCAGCAGUGGUACAAGGGCUUUAUCAAGGACUGCCCCAGCGGGCAGCUCGAUGCCGCCGGCUUUCAGAAGAUCUAUAAGCAGUUCUUCCCCUUUGGCGACCCAACCAAAUUCGCCACCUUUGUUUUCAAUGUCUUCGAUGAGAACAAAGAUGGGAGGAUCGAGUUUUCGGAGUUCAUCCAGGCGCUGUCGGUCACCUCCCGGGGGACGCUGGACGAGAAGCUGAGGUGGGCGUUCAAGCUGUACGACUUGGACAACGACGGGUACAUCACGAGGAACGAGAUGCUGGACAUUGUGGAUGCGAUAUAUCAGAUGGUGGGAAACACAGUGGAGCUUCCUGAGGAGGAGAACACACCGGAGAAGAGGGUGGAUCGGAUUUUUGCCAUGAUGGACAAGAACGCGGACGGGAAGCUGACGCUGCAGGAGUUUCAGGAGGGCUCCAAGGCCGACCCCUCCAUCGUGCAGGCGCUCUCCCUCUACGACGGGCUCGUAUAGUCCCGGGGCCGAGCGGCGAUGCCUGGGGGAAGACGCUCUCCGUGCCAUCCGACCACCGCCGCGCGAAGCUUGCCUGUCCCUCUCGGCCUUCCUUUCUGUUCUGCAAGCAAAGGAUGCCCUCGAAGCGCGAGCUCACUCCCCCUCUCUGCACUCUGAACCAGCCGCUGCCAUUUGCCAACUUCUGCUUUUUCCAAAAAAAAAAAAAAACCCCGCGACAGACCCCGGUCUGAGCGGCAGCGAACGCCCAAGACUUCAGGGCCGGGGGAACGGGUCGAGCGUCGCUGAAGGCAGAACCACCCCCAGCCUCCUCGCCCUCUUUGCUCCCCUUUCCUACAUUUUCGGAUGGGACUGCGGAUGCGCCGGUGCCGGCGUGGUCCUCUCCCAGGAACCGGCCGGCUGGAGAUGGAGCCCAAAGGUACCGGGGGGCCGCGCACCCCAGGGUGCUGCCUGCGCGGGGCGGCCGGGGAGCCGAGGCACCGAUGGCGAUUGGGAACACAGUCCUGGUGUCACCUGCGAUGCUGCUGGCAGCCCGGCCCGGCUCACUAGGGAUAUAUAUUAUUAUAUUAUUAUUUUAUUUUUUUUGGUGAGACAGUAUUGUGCUUUUUCUUUUGUUUUUUUUUCCUUUGGUGGAAAAAAUUGAGGCUUUUUUUUAUAUGCCUGUCUCGACGAUCGAUAUCCUUAUUUAUUUGUUGUCAAUGUUGCUGCUGUGUUUAGUCUCUCGUGUGUGUGUCCGACCACCUAGGUGAUGAUAUGUAAGGUUUACAUGCUCGUACACUAUUGCGGGGCACCGGGAGCCUGCAAUAACAAUGAAGCCAAAAAUCUGCCUUCCCCCCUCUCCUCCCACCCCCUGUAUCCCAAGCUCCGUGGGCUGGCUGCUGUUUUAAGGGGAUGCUGUAGCUUCUUUUCCUUUUCCCAUUCCCCUGUUUCCUGCAUUUUUCUGUUCACCCUUCCCUUUGCGAGCUCAGCCAAGGCUCAGUCAGACCAGGCUCUGAGCAAACUGUGCCCGCUCCAUCCCUCAGUUGGGCAGGGCGAGGAAACCACCAGGCACCAGAACGUCCUUAUUUCCAUUUUUUUUUUUUUUUUCAUUUUCUCACUGCAUGAAAAAGUAUCAAUGGAGCUGAGAGCUGGACUUUGCUUUCAAGCAAAUAUUCCUUUAAUAUUUUCUGUUUUGCAAACGGUGGGAAGGUCCGUUUGUACCCCAGGGAGGUGGCUGGGAAUAGCCUGUGUGCCGGCAGGGCUGGGGGAGCAGAGGGGAUGCCCGUGGGGACGGUUCGCUCUGUCCCCCCCAUCCCGGCUGGGGCUAUGCGGCAUCUGCUGCCUUAGGGGUGCCGGGCUGGGAGACGCGCAGCUCGGGGUGUCUCCUUAUCCCCUUGCUCCUCGUUUAGGACGUGGGAGGUUUUGCUGUAAACCGAGAGCACGGCCCCAAAGCAGAGCUGCUUGCACGCGCGCCGUGGUGCUCCUCGUGCUCCUGCCUCGGGGGAGGCGGAGGGCUGGGGAAACGCACCUGGAAACACCCGAGCGUGGGGUUUGGAAAUAGCCCCCCCGGCCACGAGCGGUGCCCGCACGGCCUCUCCAUCACUCGCCACCGCACCGGGAUGUGCCCAAGCAGGGCUCAGCCGUGCCGGGACACGUGUCGUGGGACACCGUUGGCAUCUCUGCUGGAGGACGAGCGUUAGGUGGAUGCUGCCGCAGCUCCGUUUCCAGCUGCCUUGGCCCCUGCCCUGGGGAAGGAGAGAUUUGCCCCUCCUUGGGAGCAAAAUGCAGGAUACCCAUGGGACCCCUAACGCCAGCCGGGGUGCAAACCCCUCCUGCUCUGGUGUGGUUUGUUCCUGGCCCAGUAACACCGAUGCUGCUCUCCCGCCGCCCUGGGGGUCACCCCUCCAUCCCCGGUACGGCUGACACGGCAAAACCUUUCCGCCCCGCUCUCCACCGGGAUGCCUGCAGCUCCCGCGGCCGAGCCCAGCCGGUCCACACAGCUCUCAGCCACGGGGACCAUCCCCGUGGCAGCAAGAGGGGAUGGCUGGACGUGGAGGACGUUCUCACAGGUGUCCCACGAUGCAGGAGAAAAGACGGUGCGCCGGCGGAGUCUGAAUCGUCCCCGCGCGGCAGGGACGGACUCUCCGGCCAAGCGAUGCUGGUCCUUUGCUGUACAGCCCUGCUCCCCAGUUUUGGGGCCGCGUGCUGGUGGCACUUUCCAAUACCCAUAAAAAACCCACCCUUCCCCAUCCCCAAGGAGACCGGCCUCACGUCCACGUGCAAUAUUUCUGCCUCUUCUGCAGUUCCUGCCCCUGAGGGUGCCCAUGGUUCAUCGCUGAGGGCUCCUGGAGGCGGUCACCUCGCUCCCUCCCGUGGAAAAUUCUUUUCCUUGAUGCUUUGUGGCCAAAACGCAACUCUCUUGGGUAGACCUUUGCAGUGCCUCCAACUUCUCUAGCGCUCGUCUGCCAGACCGGUCUCUUCCUGGUGCCAGUUGAUGUUCCCGAUGAAUGUGACACUGCUGUAAUCGCCUCCGCUGAUAAAUGAUGGACCCCGCGACGUUUGACAUAAUUCCCAGGCAAAGGCAAACUUCACUUGCUCUGACACUUUCCCCUGAAAGGCUUUUAAUUUUCAGAGGACCUACCAUGCUUUGAGCUCCAUCAGUGCUCGCCGACAUCUCACCAGGGAGGCAGCCCUGCAAGGGCAGCAGGGUGUGCGGCCCCCAUCACGGGUGGGGUGAGGGACCAGCAUUGGCUUGGGAGAGCUUCAGACCCCAGAAAUCCCCAAAUUCAGUGUCCGGUGCUGCUGUCAUCACCAGCAACCUCCUGCUGCCGCUGAUGCUGGUGGGCUCAGGGAUGGAGCCCGACGCCUCAUCCUCCCUCACCCCUUGUUAAACAUUUGCACAUUAAAAAAAAGAAAAAGGAGCAAAAAGGAGAAAAGGUUUUAGCCUGUAUUCAAAAGCUCUGUGCUGCCUGACGAGGACCCUGUUGGUUUGGUGGCGACGAUGGGUUUUCCGGGGCAGAGGCCCCUCCUGCAGGGUCAGGGCUGGCUCUUGUCCUCCGUCCUGGCUCUGGCCGCGGAGCGGGUCCCAGCGUGGGGUCUGUCCUGUCCCACUCUUGGCAUGCUGAGUGUCCCCGAGCAAAUCAUUUUGGCCCCAGUAUUCCCCCCCCCCGACUGCGGAUUUGGGACCCUGGCUUGGAUGCUUCUAGCCUCCCUUUGGGGAGCACCGAGGGCCCCCGACUCCUGAACAUCACCAGGGUCUGCAGGUUCUUGGUACUGCUGAAAAUAAGGCUUGAAGCAUCUCGCCCUUGGAAAUGUUGGCCUUAACCUCCUCGUGCCUCAGUUUCCCCAUCGGUGAAAUGGCCUGGGUGAGCCAUCCCCUCUCCAGAGCGCGAUUCGACGCCUGUGCCCAGGGGAGCACGAGCGCUGGAUACAGCUCACGGCUGCGACCACGAGGGUUUGGCAGGACCCACCGAACAUCAGGCACGUGCGGAGCACCGGGAGCGGUGCGUGAACCGCUGGGUCGGAGUUUACAUCAGCAAAUAAUUAAUUUCGGUCUUCUUUUUACACCUGCUCAUUAUUAAAAGCGAACAGCUGACAAGACCUGAUUUGUUUCUCUUUAUACUUGGGUUCCUGAUGCGUGUCUGAAAUAAAGCCGGCUGCAGCCCUGGCGAUGGGAAGGGGACCCAAAGCGCAGCCAGGCAGAGGCGAGGAUCCGGCCCCGGCGACUGCGGCGUGUUCCCCCCCACCUCUCAUUUGUCCCCGUCGGUGUUACCCCAUUAAAAUGCCGUGUCUGUACUUUCCUUUCUUUUCAUUUUUCUGUUUGUGCGCUGACUGUUGCUGCUUUGUAACCGUCUUUCCUUGAGCUCUGGGGCUGGGCUGGGCUGAGCUGUUUCCCCUGGAGAGCAAGGACGUGGGAGAAGGCUCUGGGGGCAGAUUCCCCCCCCCAUCAUGGCACAAACCAGGACCCAAGAGAGAGAGAGAAGCAAAGUGGAUUUUUCCUCCGGAGCAGCCCUUUAAUUGCUGUGAUUUGUAACGAGACCGGGCAGCCCCCGGGAGCGCUCCCCGCCGGGUUCGUGGAUGGGGGUGUUUGCUUAUGGGGGACCCCAGACCCCAUUUGUGCCGGGUGCCAGCUGCAUCUCACCCCACGGUGCAGAAGCGUGUGCCUGUCGGUGCCUGCCUCCCACACCGUCGGGACACCGCAUCCCAGUUGGAUGAGGGGGCUGAGGCUGUGGGACCCCGAUCCCAGAGCCACUGCUCCCCCCAAACGGGCAGGGGUGCAAGUAAGCGUCUGCCACCGGGCUGCCGUGGGGCUGCGCUAACCUGGGGGGGUGGAAGGGUCUUUGGGGUGUGGGGCCAAGCCCCGACUGGCACCGGGCUGGCUUCGAAGUGGGGGCCAGGCACGGCAUGGGGGCAGCCGAAAUCGCUGGCAGAGCUGCCCUCUUCCCAAGUAUUUAGGGUCAGGGGGGGUUUGGAUGGGCUGAGUGGGUGACCUGCAGCCAGCUCGCUGUCCCAUCGUCCCCAGUCCCAGGGUAAAGGUGGGGAUCUGGGGCAUUUUGAGAAGGUAUCAGCCACCCCUCCGUCACGGGGAUGUUGGAGGGGAGGGGACCGGCUGGGACGGUGGCGGUGGCCGGUGGGACAGGAGGGAGGGCUGGGGGCAGAGGAGGGACCUGAUAUGGCCCUGGUCUCGGUGCACAGCUUGGGGGUCUCCUUGCAGAGCAGUUUUGGGGUCUCGGUCACACGUGCCAGCCCCGACUGUGUUCCAGUGGCACUGCAGGAAAGCCGUCCUUCCUUCCCUUCUCUCUCUCUGCUCCUGCAGCCGCCAGCCCUGGGUUGGGUGCCAUGUCCCGCGGGACCCCUGCCCGGGGGCAGCUGAGCCCCAAGCUGAGAAACAGCAGCUCCAGCAAAGAGCCUUGUUUGUAAAGAUGAAGCCUGUUUGUGCGUCCGUGCCGGUGUCUCGGCUUGCAUGCCCUGCUGCCUUGUCUUGAGAUGAAUUCAAGAGCAAACCAAGCAAAUGAAACGGUUUCAAAACAAAACAAAACCCAGGAACUUUGUGACAGUGGAAAUAAAAGCUUAAUGACAGUAACGAA